AUGGCAACGGGAGUAGCGGCAUGGCUCCCUUUUGCCCGGGCGGCCGCCAUUGGCUGGAUGCCAGUGGCCAACUGCCCCAUGCCCGCCGCACCCAGGGACCACACUAAGAAACAGGAUGAGCUGAUCAUCUUGAACGUCAGUGGGCGUCGCUUCCAGACCUGGAGAACCACGCUGGACCGUUAUCCCGACACCCUGCUCGGCAGCACCGAGAAAGAAUUCUUCUACAACGAGGAGACAAAGGAGUAUUUCUUCGACCGUGAUCCAGAUGCCUUCCGCAGCGUGCUCAACUUUUAUCGUACAGGUAAGCUCCACUAUCCUCGACAUGAGUGCAUCUCGGCCUAUGACGAGGAGCUCGCCUUCUUCGGGAUCAUCCCAGAGAUCAUUGGUGACUGUUGUUAUGAAGAGUACAAGGACCGCAAACGGGAGAACGCCGAGCGCCUCAUGGAUGACCAGGAGGAAAACAAAGAAGGCAAGCUGCCUAACAUGAACUUUCGUGAAACAAUGUGGAGAGCCUUUGAGAACCCGCAUACCAGCACCAUGGCCCUGGUGUUCUACUAUGUCACCGGUUUCUUCAUCGCUGUUUCUGUUAUCACGAAUGUAGUAGAAACUGUCCCUUGUGGUUCCACACCAAGCCAGAAGGAUGUACCAUGUGGUGAACGCUACACUGUGGCCUUCUUCUGCAUGGACACAGCAUGCGUGAUGAUCUUCACAGUGGAGUACCUGCUACGCCUGUUUGCUGCGCCUAGCCGCUACCGCUUCAUGCGCUCCGUCAUGAGUAUCAUCGAUGUAGUGGCCAUCUUGCCCUAUUACAUUGGCCUGGUCAUGACUGACAAUGAGGAUGUCAGCGGCGCCUUCGUCACAUUGCGUGUGUUCCGGGUUUUCCGCAUCUUCAAGUUCUCACGCCAUUCCCAAGGCCUUCGCAUCCUGGGAUACACACUUAAGAGCUGCGCCUCUGAGCUCGGUUUCCUCCUUUUCUCCCUCACCAUGGCCAUCAUCAUCUUUGCCACGGUUAUGUUCUACGCUGAGAAGGGAUCAAGCUCGAGCAAGUUCACUAGCAUUCCUGCGUCUUUCUGGUACACCAUCGUCACAAUGACCACGCUUGGCUAUGGAGACAUGGUGCCUAAGACGAUCGCCGGGAAGAUUUUCGGCUCCAUCUGCUCCCUGAGCGGGGUUCUGGUAAUAGCCUUGCCUGUGCCUGUCAUCGUAUCCAACUUUAGCCGAAUCUAUCACCAGAACCAGAGAGCAGACAAGCGGCGUGCUCAGAAGGUACAGAAAACCCGUCUGGCCCGGAUAAGAAUAGCCAAGAAGGGCAGCUCCAACGCAUACCUGCAGAGCAAACGCAACGGACGUCUGAACGAGCUGUUGGAUCUCACUGGCUCAGAAGAAGAGGAGCAGCACAUGAAUAAGACCUCAUCAUUAUUAGAGAGCCAACAUCACCACCUACUGCACUGCCUGGAGAAAACCACCGCUCAUGAGUUUGUGGACGAGCAGUUAUACGAGCAGAAUUGUGUUGAAGGAGCGCCGCCGCCGCUGCAGAACUUCCCUUCUCGCAGCCCCUCCAUCUCGAGCAACGAGGGCUUCACAGGAACCUGCUGCACGCGCCGCUCACGCAAAAGACUCGCGCUGCCCAAUGCCAGCCUGUCCACCACACACACGCACACACACACGCAGGACCUGCAAGAGCUCAGCGCCAUCCACAUCCAGUGUGGAGAUCAGCUGAGCCUCGGUCCGAGCUGUCGCUCCAGUCUCAACCUAAAACCCAACGAGCGAGCGCAGAUAAACUGCAGAGGGCAGCAGAUCACCACCGCCAUCAUCAGCCUGCCGUCACCGAGCUCUUUCAGCCCAGACUCCAUCACCACCUCGUCCAUCACCACCACCUCCACCUCCACCUCCAGCAUCGUGAAGGUCUCGGCCUUGUGA